AUGUCGCUUCACUGGUUUGGGAAAGUCGAAUCCAGCACCAGAAAGCCGGUGCAGGCUCCCCUGCCAUCAUCAGCAUUAUCAGCAUCAUCGGCGCCAUCUCCGCCUCAGUCUGGCUCUUCUACGACUAUUCAAGCGGUAUCUCGGCCAGCCGCCUGUCCAUCCCCUGUGACAGAUCCCACUAUUUGUUCCCUGCCGACUCUACAGGAGCGGCUUUGGAACGAGGCUUAUGAUGGGCUUGCAUCAAGCGAGCCUAAGCUGGUCGAAGCAUAUGAGAAGAUUCUAUCAGCUGAGCUAUACCGAAACGACCCAGACCCUGUCACCAAUCAACCGAUGGAAAAUAUAAUAGAGAGAGCCCGAGAGGCCAGGUGUCGCCAAAUGCAGCAAUUGGUGCAGGAAGGACUGAAACGGGCGGAAAAGGCCGCCUCUUUGAAGCGAGGCAUUGGCAAAGGCACACAGGCAGUGGAAGCAAUGAGGAAGGUAGUGGACAAGGCGGUCCAUGCUGCUCCAGGAGCUGCUAUAGCCUGGUCCGGCGUCUGUCUUGGAUUAGAGAUCCUUUCGAACCCUAUCACUGAGGCGCGUGACAAUCGUAAAGGCAUUACCUAUGUCCUGUCGAGAUUGGAGUGGUACUGGAACUUGGUGUCGCUGCUUCUUGACGAGAACAAGGCUGAGCAGUCUGUCACAGGACUGCGAGCCCAGCUAGAGAACCAUAUUGCUCAGCUCUAUAAGAUUCUUCUAGCCUACCAGAUGAAGAGCGUAAGCCUUUAUCACCGAAACUGGGCUGCUACCAUCGGAAGAGAUCUCCUCAAAAUCGAUAACUGGACUGGUCUUCUCAAUGGGAUACACGAAGCCGAGCUUGCUGUGCAAAAAGAUAUGGAUCAAUACAAUACUGAAGAGAGCAAGGUGCGACUUCGAAAACUCGUCGACUCUGCAAAGGCUAUUGAGACAAAUCUGCAAGAUAUCCAUUCAGCAAUCCAGGAUCAAACGCGCCAACAAGAGAAGAGACAUCGAGAUGACAAAGAUGAACAAUGCCUCAAAGAUCUGCGCGAGACUGACCCGAGUGAUGACAAGACACGUAUCCAAAGCACCAAAGGUGGUCUACUAAGGGACUCUUACCGCUGGAUCCUGGACCAUGAUGACUUCAAAAGAUGGCGCGACGAUUCGCAAGGCCAACUGCUCUGGAUCAAGGGGGACCCUGGCAAAGGCAAGACGAUGCUGCUAUGUGGAAUCAUUGAUGAAUUAAAGAAGGAGUCCGCCAAUUGCCUGUCCUACUUCUUUUGCCAAGCUACUGAAGCCCGAUUGAGUAAUGCGACAGCCGUUCUUCGUGGUCUAAUCUACCUCCUUGUUGAACAACAGCCAUCGCUUAUCACACAUAUCCGCCAGAAGUACGACCACGCGGGGAAGCAGCUUUUCGAAGAUUUGAAUGCGUGGGAAGCAUUGUCCAAGAUCUUGACCGCUAUGCUUAAUGAUCCAAGCCUCGAGGGCGCCAUCUUAAUCAUAGAUGCACUUGAUGAGUGUAAGACAAACCGGCAUCCGCUUCUCGAUUUCAUUAUACGGCCUAGUCGUGCCAGAUGGUUAGUCUCCAGCCGCAAUUGGCAGGAUAUUAAGAAAAAGCUGGAUAAGGCAGAGCAGAAAGUCGGACUGAGUCUCGAGUUGAACCAAAACUCAACUUCCAAGGCUGUCGAGACUUAUAUUAGACACAAGGUGGAAGAAUUGGACCGCGACAAGAAUUACGACCAAAAAACAAGACAAGCUGUUGAAAAUCACUUAAUUUCAAAUGCUGACGGCACUUUCCUCUGGGUAGCCUUGGUCUGCAAGAAGCUCGCAGAUCCUAAGAUCGAGACACGCCAUACGCUCAGCAAGUUACACUCGUUCCCUCCGGACCUCGAUUCGCUAUACGGCCAAAUGAUAGAGCAUGUGCUUGAUUCAGAAGACGCUGAUCGUUGCAGAGAGAUCUUGGCUAUUGCUUCGGUAGUAUAUCGACCCGUCAAAUUGGAUGAAUUAGAAGCUCUGGCACAGUCGCUUACGGACAUAAACGAGGAUGAGAUCAAAGAAAUUGUUGGUGCCUGUGGUUCUUUCUUGACACUUCGCGACGACAUCAUCUACUUUGUGCAUCAGUCUGCGAAGGAUUACCUGCUUGACAAGGCCUUUGGCUACAUCCUGCCUUUCGGCACUGCUCAUCAGCAUCGUGCUAUCCUUUUGAACUCGCUGGAACGUCUAUCAGAAACUCUACAGCGAGAUGUUUAUGGGGUACAGGCUCCGGGCCUUCUCAUCGACGAAAUAUCCAUACCCAAUCCCGAUCCACUGUCUGCCGCUCGGUAUUCUUGUAUAUAUUGGGUUGAUCAUCUCGAGGAAUCAAAAUACGACACAGAGGCGGAAAAUGAAGCCCUGAGCGAGGGGGGUGCAGUUCAAGAAUUCUUGAGAACUAAAUACCUUUAUUGGUUGGAGGCUCUCAGUCUCCUACGCAGCAUGUUAGAAGGGAUUUUGGCAAUGGAGAAACUUGAGCGUAUCAUAAAAAACACUGGAUUUAAUGAACUAAAAUCGACGGUUCGGGAUGCUCUCCGCUUCAUUCUCACCAACAGGCGAGCUAUAGAGACUGCUCCAUUACAGGCCUAUGUGUCAGCUCUCUUGUUUAGUCCUACCAAAAGCCUGGUCAGGGAGUUCUUCAAAAAGGAAGAGCCGAGCUGGGUUAGAUUAGUCCCUCAGCUUGAGUCGGACUGGGACUCAUGCGUCCAAACGCUUGAGGGCCAUUCGCAAGGGGUUACGUCCAUCGCUCUCUCGCCAGAUGGGCAUCGCCUUGCCUCUAGUUCCCUUAUCAAUGAAGUCAAGGUCUGGGAUAUGGCAACAGGACUAUGUGUACAAACCUUUGAGAGUCACACUGAGCUGUGGGGGCCCUCGAUUGCCUUCAUAGAUAGCAAGAGGCUCGCCUGUCCCUCUACAGACAAAACAAUCAAGAUCAUGGAUAUAGAAACAGGGACAUGCGUGCAAACGCUCGAAGGGCAUGGGCAUAAACAUGAAGCGCUUUCAGUGGCCAUUUCAGAUAACCAAUACCUCGCCGCUAGCUUUGAGGAGAAAAUCAAGAUCUGGGACAUAGCAACAGGUGAAUGCCUGCAAACACUUGUCAGCGAUGACCAGGUACGACUCGUGUACUCGUUGGCUUUCCUGAAUAGCCAGCAACUCGCCUCAAGCUCUCGAAAUAAAAAAAUCAAGAUUUGGGAUAUAAACACAGGGUCAUGCCUGCAAACGCUUGAGGGGCAUAGCGGUGGAGUGCAGACAGUGGCUGUCUUAGACAGCCGGAGGCUCGCCUCAGGCUCCGAGGAUAAAACCAUCAAAGUUUGGGAUAUAUCAACAGGCAUAUGCCUACAAACACUGGAGGGCCACACUGACAUGAUAUGCUCAGUGGCGUUCUCAGUGAACAGUCAGCGACUCGCAUCAGGUUCAGCAGAUGGUAUGGUUAAGGUCUGGGAUAUACCGACAGCAACAUGUAUUGAGAUGCUUCGUGGCCAUGGUAAUGCCGUGACCACCGUCGCCUUUCUGCCAGAUGGUCAAAGGCUCGCUUCCGGUUCUGUGGACAGUACAAUUAAAGUCUGGGAUAUAGGAGCAGCCUCAGAUGUGCAAAUCUUACAUGGCAAUGGCUCUCGGGUGACUUCAAUAGUGUUCUCAGCAAAUUCCAGGUGGCUUGUCACCGGUUCGGUUGACGGCAGGAUUCGGAUCUGGGAUACGACAACAGGGGAAUGCGUAAAAAUAUUUCAAGGCCACCAUGAUUCAGUACGGUUUAUUGCCAUCUCAUCAAACAGUCAGUGGUUCGCCUCAGCUUCACGAGAUAUGACAAUCAAGAUCUGGGAUGCAACAACCGGAGCGUGUCUUCACACACUGGAGGGCCAUUCAGAUUCAGUUGUACAUAUAUCCAUCUCAAUAGAUGGCCAGUGGCUUGCCUCUGCCUCUCUUGAUUGUACAGCUAGGGUCUGGGACAUGAAGACAGGUCAAUAUGUGCACACACUUGAGGGCCAUAUGGAGUGGGUGAAAUCAGUUGCCUUCUCGCCAGAUGGCCAUCAGCUCAUCUCAACUUCAGUCGAUGGCACGUUUAUGCUUUGGGAGGUGCCAAAUGGUAAAUGCACGCAGGUCUUUGAGGGGCGUGAUUUUGUUUCGAAAUCAGCAGCCUUCUCGGCGGAUAACCAAUACCUCGCCUUGCUCACAUGGGUUAAGGGAACAGAAUAUCAUAUGAUUAAGGUCUGGCAUACGGCGACUAAAACUUAUGUGCAAACCCUCAAGAUCGGCAGUGUGAUUGCCCAAAUUUCGUUCGAUCCUAUGACAAACUCUCUUCUUUCAACCGAUAUUGGAUUUAUAAGUUUGGAUCUGCCGAGUCUGCCGCCUUCGAUUGAAAAUGAGUCAACCACUACUGAUAUUCAAGAAGCUACACCCGUUUUGCAUGGGAUACGCCUCGAUCGUGAAUGGAUUUUGAAAGGUCAACAGGAGAGGUUGCUUUGGCUACCUGCGGAGUAUCGCGCAUAUCAUUCAUUGGCUGUGGCAGGGUCAACAAUAGCUCUUGGCUGCCCCUCAGGCCGUGUGCUUUUCUUAAGCUUCUUUUGA